AUCCUCUGUGAUGUCACCAGCGUUGUAGUAACCACCAGUGCCCUACUUUUUCUCAGUCCCUGCCUGGCAGAUACACAGGAAGACAUGUAUUCCCGUCUUCGCAAGCAUUUUGGUAGAGUGAAUGGGGAUUUUGGACAGACUAGAGUGAGGGAAUCUCGCCUUUCAUCAAAAACAAAUGAUGGACAAAGAAAGCUGGCCUGGGGAAUGAGGAAGGAUGGGAGACUGACAUCAUCCCCUGGCCCUGUGGUAAUCAACAAGGAGGCCAACACAGAAGAGCAGAGACUGAUUAGACAGCUGCAGUCAGCUACUGAGGAGAGAAAUGAGCUAAGAGAUCUCCUGACUUACGUGACAGAGAGAUACAGGAACAACAGCAACCUGCCCAGUCGGAUCCAUAUGGACAAGAUAUGUAUGCAGAAGAAGUUGUUCCCAUUCAAGGAGAGCAAAACAGAACAUCUGGAUUGUGCACCAUUGGUUCAGAAAUAUUUGGUUGACUUGCACAAGAAAGAUAAGGAUGAACAGGAGAAGAAGAGCAACCUCCAGACCCAGCCACGUCUGGUAGGGACAAGCAGCUGUGUCAGCUUAACAACAUCUGAUUCCAUUUGCCAAUUUCAUACCUGUUUGCUUUCCCCUACCACCUUACUAAUUUACACUCCCAACAAGCCAACCACCUCAUGCAAUGGAAUUGUUCAUUGCUCUGUCUAUGCUCAACUAUUCUAGGAAGUCCAGCACUUUUCAGAAACUGAAUGAUUAACAAAUAUGCUUUGCUGCUCUUUUUGAAGCUGCAGUCUAGAAAUGGUGACAGACAUUUGAUAUCAUAAUAUUUCCUGUCCCAGUGAUAGAAUGGAUGCUAUGUAGCGCUUUGAACAAGUUUUGGUCCUGUGAUAAAUGACAUUUUUUGGUCAUGUGACCUCCAAGUUGGGAAGCACAUUUCAGUGAUAAUUACCACGUGCAAAUGGCAAAUUAAUCCUUGUCAUUGUCUUUAAUCUUGGUGACACAUGGCCUUCACAUUUCUUCCUGUAACCCAAUGAGGUCUCUUCCCAUUGCCCUGUUCAUGGUGUGCACUGGUUUAAGUCUGAGGCCCAGAUGGGCAGCCCACAUAACUGUCAGGUUUGCUGUAGACUUUGCCCUGCCCACAGACACACCAGCAAUGUUAUCAGUUAACACAUCAAUGGUGACGUCCAAUAGAGCUGAGGUGGUAGAAGGCAGAAACCUGAGAGCUGGCAUGCAGGUCUCCAACAAAUCAGUGUCUGAAUAACUGCCUUCCUCUCCCUGGUCUCAGAAAGUGCAAGAGAGUGGGAAUGGGACACACAGCAGGAAGGGAGCAUCCUGAAGAAUCUGUUGCUUUCUCAGGAGUGCCCUUCUGACUACCAUCCUGAAUAGUAACAACAUAUUUUGGAUGAAUAGUAUCCCUCACAGUUAAUUUAUUAAUUGCUAAGAAACCCUAAAUUUAUCUUUCACUAAGCCAGCCUGACUGAGGUCUUACUCCCUUUCU